UCAUCCUCUUGGCCUCGGUGUUUCCUUCUCUGUGCUCUCGAAGCUUGGCUUAGCGUUGUGGCAUCGGCGGCGGCGGCGGCGGCCAGCGGAAGCGGAGAUGGGGAGAAAGGGGAGCUACUCGGCGUUGCCGUCAGACUAUAGAUUGCUCGAGGAGGUCGGUUAUGGCGCAAGCGCUACUGUCUUUCGCGCGAUCUACUUGCCUUCGAACGAGAUCGUCGCUGUCAAGUGCCUGGAUCUCGAUCGAUGCAACAGUAAUCUGGAUGACAUCCGAAGGGAGGCUCAGACCAUGAGUUUAAUAGACCACCCCAAUAUAAUACGGGCAUACUGCUCGUUUGUUGUUGAGCACUGCCUCUGGGUCAUCAUGCCUUUCAUGGCGGAGGGUUCAUGUUUGCAUUUGAUGAAGAUAUCUUAUCCGGAUGGAUUUGAAGAGCCUGUCAUUGCAUCUAUCCUAAAAGAGACUCUUAAAGCUUUGGAGUACCUUCAUAAACAUGGGCAUAUACACCGUGACGUCAAGGCUGGCAAUAUCCUUCUCGAUGGUUCUGGGGUGGUAAAGCUUGGUGACUUUGGUGUUUCAACUUGCAUGUUUGAUAAAGGUGACAGGCAGCGUUCAAGAAAUACAUUUGUAGGGACUCCUUGCUGGAUGGCUCCAGAGGUCUUGCAGCCUGGAAGUGGAUAUGAUUUCAAAGCUGAUAUUUGGUCAUUUGGAAUAACUGCUUUGGAGUUGGCACAUGGCCAUGCCCCUUUUUCUAAAUAUCCCCCGAUGAAGGUUUUACUGAUGACUCUUCAAAAUGCUCCUCCUGGACUUGAUUAUGAUCGUGACAAAAAGUUUUCAAAGUCUUUUAAAGAAAUGGUUGCUAUGUGCUUGGUGAAAGAUCAAACAAAGAGGCCAACUGCAGAAAAAUUAUUGAAACACGCAUUUUUCAAAAAUGCAAAGCCUCCAGAGUUGUCGGUAAAAAAGCUUCUGGUCGGGCUGCCACCACUUUGGGACCGUGUAAAGGCUCUUCAGCUGAAAGAUGCUGCCCAGUUAGCUCUCAAGAAAAUGCCUUCAGCAGAAGAAGAAGCAUUAUCACAGAGUGAGUACCAAAGGGGCGUUAGUGCAUGGAACUUUGAUGUUGAAGAUUUGAAAGCCCAAGCAUCACUGAUUCAAGAUGAUGAUGACCUUCCUGGACUUAAAGAAGAUGAUGGAAGCUCAAUUUUUUUGGUUAACAAUAAGAAUUCAUCUGGUUCUGGAUCUGGUCUUGGGAAAUCAACAUUUGCUAAUGAAAAUGAAUAUAGGAGACAUAUCUCUGUUGCUGAAGAGUCAGAUAUGAAGUGCUCAAGUACGAAAAAUGAAAUUUCAGAAGUAGAUAUAGUGGAUUGUGGAAAUAAAGAAAUGUUUGCUGGGAAUGAAAAUAGGUUAAAAAAUGAUUCAUUGCCAUCAACAACAAAACAGAACUUUGAACCAAGCUGCUGGAAGAAUGAAGUUGGCAGGAGGCACCAAACAUACAGUGGUCCUCUUUUACCUUCUAGUGUGCGUGGUAACUCAUUGUCAGAAAGGAGCCGCAUCCCUGAGAGGUUUGAAAGUGAUAGUGCACUUGCAUCAGAUAAACAAAAACGGGAUGUCCGGAAAGGUCCGAACCUUAGUGGUCCAUUGAUGCUUCCAACCCGUGCUUCUGCGAACAGCUUAUCUGCCCCCAUUCGCUCAUCUGGAGGAUUUGGAGACUCUUCAGAUGAAAAAUCAAAAGGCAAUGUUGUGCAAAUAAAAGGCCGCUUCUCAGUUACAUCUGAACAUGUCGAUCUCGUUAAGGACAUUCCUUUAUGUACAGUUUUACGAAAGUCAUCCCAGACUUCACAGGGAACAUCACUUAGAAAAUCAGCCAGUGUGGGUGAAUGGCUUAUGCCUGGUAAACUAGUGCCCAACAGUCAGUAUGCAAAGGAAACUAACAACGGUUGGCUUCCUGCAUCUGUUCUCAUGCCUCACCUUCAGAAUCUUUUUCAGCAGACUUCAUUUCAACAAGAUAUCAUCAUGAACUUGUUAAAUAGCAUGCAACCGAAUGAGGCUUUUGAUGAAUGUUUUGCAGCUCUCCAAUUUGGAAUGCCUCCUCAAGAAUGCAAUGCGGAUAUUGAUUCAAAUGUGGAAACAGUAGGCACUGAAAGAGAGCGUCUGUUGCUUGCGCAGAUCGCAGAACUCGAAGCCAGGAUGGCCGUUCUGACUGAUGAACUGACUACUGAAAAACAAAAGCAUAUGCAGUUAGAACAACAAUUAAAUGUUUUUAGUAGAGAAGAAGAAAUAAGAGAAGAAGAAGCAGCCUGACUUUCAGAAGUACUAAGCAGAAGACAGAAAAUAGAUUACAUGAGUAUCAAGUGAACAACAAAAAUACCCAAAGUUUGAAGGGAUGAAGCUGCAGGUUUUUACACUUAUUUUAAACACCAAAAUAAAAGAUAAAAAACAAAAUAUAAAACAAACUAGAGUUCUUGCAAUAAUCCUUUUUUCCAGAUGCUUCAGAUGAACAUCUCCAAGAUUACCAGUGAGACAUUGUAGAUGUUGUUGAGCCACAUCUUGAAGCAGCUGAUGCCAUGAUUGAACUAUCUCUGCGGUAAAAUUUUGAUCCAUCACCAUUUGCUGGGAAUCUAAAUUUGGAAGCUCAUUGGCAAUAUUAUGCCUUUCUGUUAGUGUUUUGUUUCCAAGUGAAAACACCAACUUUGAUUUGUUUAUUUGUUUGUGAUGUGAUGCACAAGGGUCAAUUGUUCAUCCUGUUCUUGUUCUUCUUCUCAAAUGCUUUACCGUGUUCUGCAUCUCAGGUCAAUCUCUCUAGAUAAAAUCCCCAUCAACCUAUUGUAUUUACUCUUGUGAAUAAAAUAGUUACAUUUCAGUGUAUGGAAAAUUGACAAAAAUUAUUCAGUGUACGAUGAUGACUACUGCUGUUUUCAA